AUUUUGGAAUAUCCGCUGAAAAUCGUGGGCGUCAAUAAACUGCAAAUACAGUGAACGCUGAUGGGGUUUACAGUCUUUACACUUUCAAAAUAGAAAAUUGUAAGACAGAACAGCAGUGAAUAACUGAUCUCCCAAGAAAAGAACACUGACUUUGUUAAUCAUUAAAGUUAUAAAACAACAUGGAUGAAACAAAUUCAACUCAACUUUGAAUUAAGACACUGAAUACAUGAUGGAUAAAGCCCAAAGCCAACCAGCAUCAAAACAAGUGUCUAAUCUUUUAGAACAGAGAUUGGACUUUGACAAUGAUGAUGGUGAAUAUAAAGCAUCGGCUAAUGGGCCAAGUGGGGAUAAACCAAGUGUUAGGAAGUCCAGAAUUCAAAGUGAUGAAUAUGAAGAAGGCAUGCUUAGCUCUGGCCCAGAGGAUGGUGAGAUACUAAGUGAAGAAGAGAACAUGUUUAAGCCUUCUACAUUAAUGGAUGUCAUACAAGCUGGCAAUCCUGCAAAAAAUAAACGUAAGCGCUCCAAAGAUGAACCAAAUGAAGCAGUACGGAAAUCUCAAAAGAUAACUACUGUUCAGCCCACAUUUAAUGAUGAGAAAGAAGCCGGAGAGUAUAGAAGUGGAGAUGAAAGUGAUGAUAAAGAGCAAGCAAAUGAGACGGCCAAGGAUGAUAAUGAGAGCGUAGAAACUGUAACAAAAAAGAAAAAAGUAGUUGUAAAAGAGCGUUUGAACAAAUUAUUAGCCUGGAAGGGUAUUAUAGGACCAAAAAAUCCUGCAACUUACUAUCAACCUAAGUCUAAAUCAACAAAUGACACAAGCUCAGAAUCUGAGAGUUCAAACACUGGAAAUAAAACCACGAGUGAAGAUGAUCUGAUUAAAAGAGACUCAAAUGAGGUUGGUCAAACCUUGCCUACCAUUAACGCAACUAGUACACCAAUGAAUGCUGAAUCAGCAGUAGAUGUUGAUACUGCUGUAAAUAGCACUGCCCCAACAGAAAAGGAGGGAUUGUCAAAUGCAGAUGAAGGAUCCCAAGACUCUGAUGGUGAAUCUGAAGACGAGAAUGAUGCUGAUGAUAACACUGCUGGUAGAGAAAGUGAAGAUCAAGAGUUUGAAGGUGAUGUAGAAUCAUGGCUGGAUGAAGGGAUGAAGACAUAUAAAACACAAGCUGAGACUGGAGAAACUACCACUGCUCCCUUAGUUAAGGAUAAAAUCGUCCUGAAAGAGUAUGGUGCUGACCCAUUUGAGUUUCUACCUGAGGACUGGGUGUGUUUGACACAUGACAGUGGCAUGCCAAUCUACCUGCACAAACAGUCGAGAGUCUGUACAUUGGCCCGACCUUACUUCCUGGGACCCGGUAGUGCAAGAAAACAUGACAUCCCACUAUGUGCUGUACCUUGUAUGAGCUACAGAAGAGAGAAAGAAAAGUAUCUACGACAGGCCAAGCUCAAAGAUGCUAAUGUGGAUGUAAGUGAAUCUAACAAACCAGAGUCAGCUUGUCAAUCAAAUAUAACUGACAACCAACAAGUCCAACCAAUGGUGCCAAUCAAAACUGAAGACUCGCCUACUCAAUCACAAAAUGGUGCCAGCCAAUCCAAUCCAGCCAUUCCGCUAGCCAGUCAGACAUCUCUCUCAACAACCAAUGGCAUCGAAGGAAAUAUUUGUCCAAAUGCUGCAACUGACAAUCUCAAUGACUCUAAUGCAGCUGUAGUGACUCAAACAUCAGCUGUUAAUGCUCCAGUCACAGCAGCUGAUACAGCUGUUAAUGAAGCUAAGGUGCCAACAAGUGCAAGUACAGAGAGUGGAGAUGGAGAGAAAGUUAUUGUUGAUCCUGCAGUACAAGACCUAGGCAAUAAGAUUAAAAUUCUUGGUGUGGAGCAACAAGAGAAAGAAGUGCUCAUGAAACCUGAGGAACUGCAUGAAUAUUGUAAAACCGUAUUUGACUUUAAAACAAUUACAAUAAAACGUUUCAAGACUUGGAAGGACCGCCGGAAACACGAGAAUAAGCAAAAACAGAAUAGACCAACAUUGCCUGUUAACACUAAGCUGAUAACAUAUCAAGUGCCUUUAGAAGAUAAUGGAGAUGACAAAGAAGCUAAGAAAAAGAAAGAGCUAAUUAUGAACCCCCAUGGCAAAUCUCCUGUGUGUAUUCUACAUGAGUAUGUACAACAUAUACUCAAGUCACACCCUACAUAUACCUUCAAAGAAAUAGACAAUACACUGACACCAUUCCAAGCUACCAUUGUGAUCAAUAAUGUAGAAUAUGGUGUAGGAAGAGCUAACAGUAAGAAGGCUGCUAAACUAGAUGCAGCUAAGAAGACUCUAGCUAUCCUGAUACCUGAGAUGGCAAAGUUGGGUCUGGAUGAACUGAAUACUAAAGAGUUCCAGGACUAUGAGUUGUUUGAUGUGGUUAAGAUAGAGGACCCGAGAGUGAACCAGAUGUCCAGUAGAGCAGGCCAGCCAAGUCCUUACCAGAUACUACUGCAGUGCCUCAAUAGGAAUUAUGGUAUGGGUGACACAGAGAUCUCAGUGGGCACAAAGACAAUGAAACACCGCAAGAAUGAGUUCACCAUGUCCGUAGGGAAGCACACAGUGACUGUCGAAUGUAAGAACAAACGUAUUGGAAAACAACUGGCUGCCCAGUCCAUCUUGAAGCUUCUACACCCCUAUAUUCAAUGCUGGGGGUCUCUUCUACGUCUCUACGGUCGCGAGUCACUCCAUGCCCAGAAAGAGCGAAAGGAAGACACAGCUGCAGUGACAGGUCUGCAGAACCCCAUUGGUGAUAAGGAUGAGGAGGGCAAGAAAGUCCCAGAACCAAAGUAUAGCAUUCUCAACAAGCUCAGGGAGGAGAUGGUGCGCAUCAGACAACAACAGGAGAAGGAUAAACUUGCCAAGGAGCAGAAACAAAAACAACCCAUUAUUGGCCUACUGGGAAUGAAAACUGUUGACUUAUAGUGUGAACUGUGAACUCUUAAAAGUAAAUAAGGCCUACUUAGAGUAUAUGAGGGUUGGUGAGGACCCUUAAGAGUUUACAAGGCCUUAUAAUAGUAUAUGAGGCCCCAUAAGAAUAUACGAGGCCUGUAAGGUUUUAUAAGGCCUUAUAAGAGUAUUUGAGGCCUAGUAAGAGUUUAUUUGGCCUUGCAAGAGUAUAUGAGGCACUGCAGGGGUAAAUGAAAACCUUGAAACUCUAAAUGAGUUUGCUGAGGUCAUAGUGAGAAUAAGUAUGAUAGAAACAAACAUGGUAUAUAA